UUGUUCAGCCUGCGCCCGCGGCCCUCGCCCGCCUCCGCCUCGCCGCAGCCGCCCGCCGCGCUCAGGUGCAUUAGCAUUAGCUACGCAUGUCAGUACCAGCUCGGCAGCAGCGGGUGCGCGAGCCGCGCGGCGUGGUUGUUGGGCGUGCCGGUGGAGGAGCUGGCUCGCGCCGUGUUUGUGCAGUCUGCGCCCGCGGCCUCGCCCGCCUCCGCCUCGCCACAGCCGCCCGCCGCGGCUAGGUGCACUAGCUACGCAUGUCAGUACCAGCUCGGCAGCAGCGGGUGCGCGAGCCGCGCGGCGUGGUUGUUGGGCGUGCCGGUGAAGGAGCUGGCUCGCGCCGUGUUUGUGCAGCCUGCGCCCGCGGCCUCGCCCGCCUCCGCCUCGCCACAGCCGCCCGCCGCGGCUAGGUGCACUAGCUACGCAUGUCAGUACCAGCUCGGCAGCCGCGGGUGCGCGAGCCGCGCGGCGCGGUUGUUGGGCGUGCCGGUGGAGGAGCUGGCUCGCGCCGUGUUUGUGCAGCCUGCGCCCGCGGCCUCGCCCGUCUCCGCCUCGCCGCAGCCGCCCGCCGCGCUCAGGUGCACUAGCUACGCAUGUCAGUACCAGCUCGGCAGCAGCGGGUGCGCGAGCCGCGCGGCGUGGUUGUUGGACGUGCCGGUGGAGGAGCUGGCUCGCGCCGUGUUUGUGCAACCCGCGCCCGCGGCCUCGCCCGCCUCCUCGCCGCAGCCGCCCGCCGCGCUCAGAACUCCAUCUCCUUCGAGCGAAAGGGAGGUACCGGGCUCGGAGGCACUGGAUGCAUUUGUAACUGGACUAUAUAAUGAGACAUUUAACAUCGUCGCAGCACUUAUCAACAGGAGUCUGUCGACGUCAGCCAGGACCUCUGCAUCCAUUCUGUUGCUGGAUACGCCUGGCGCGGACAACCCGAUGUGCUCUGGGCAGCAGAGCGGUGCCCCACUUUCAAAACUGUUAUCUAAUUAUUUGCAGGAACGAUUACAAGCAGUGUUCCACGACGCUUUGCUCGUUGCCCCACGGGAAAGAUAUGCUCAAGAGGGAAUUACACUCGAUGACGGAUCCGAGGAAGAUUGGCUUUCCGAAACAGUUAACCCUGGACCGAUGGUGGAGUUACUGGACAAGUCUCCGCAAAAUUCUAUUGUACGAAGUUCCCAAGCCGACCUACGAGAUUGCGACCGACGUGGCCUGCUCUGGCUUCUUGACGAAGAAUCAAUGUAUCCGGGCUCUUCGGAUGAUUCCUUUCUCGAGAGAGUGCUGUCUCACUACGGGCCGCCGCAACAUACGCAAUACCUCAUUAAAAAGGCGCCCCAUGCGAGGCAAUUUGUUCUACAGCAUUUGCAGGGAACUAAUCCGGUGUUGUACGAUGUAACUGGAUGGGUCAAAGCAAGCCGAGAGAAUCCCGUCACGAAGAAGGCACAUACACUUCUUCAGGAAAGUCAGAACGAGGACGUGGGGCGGCUAUCGUGUUGGGCGCGCGGUGCAUGCGGCGUGGGCGCGUGGUCGGCCGCCGUCGGUGACGCUUCCACGCUGCGCCGAGCUUCUUCCAUACGACGAACUUUAACUUCGGGCACAGCGGGUAUGAAACGCCGCUCGACAGCCCUGCAAGCAAAGUUCGUGGCUGAUGGCGUAGUGGAUACACUAAGACGCUGCGGUUCCGGAGGUGUGCAGUUUGUAUGCUGUCUCCUCACCAACCAGCCUUCCGAUAUGGCCGACGAUGUUAACGUGCCGUUGCUUCGGUCCCAGUUUCGCGGAUUUCAACUGCUCGACGCGGCCAGACUAUACAAGCAAGGGUUUCCUGAACACAUGCCGCUUUCAGAAUUUGCAAGAAGGUAUCGACUCUUGGCCACGUCAGAGAGUGAAACCCCUGAAAACACUCAACAGACCGCGACGCUAUCAGACCGGCAAAUAGUGGAUGAUAUGCUGCUGGCGUUAGACCUUGACGUCACCAGCUACCGGCUUGGCCUCACUCAGAUUUACAAGGGUCCCUUACGAAGUAGACUCAUAGCUGGUGCAGAGACACACCGCUGCGGUGUACCAGACAUACAAAUUGAACGGUUUAAUACAAUAGAAGAGGUCUCUUCUAUUGUAAUAAAUAGUGCUACUAGUAAUACGAUGAGUAAGGACGAAUCAAAUAUACUUCAUGAUGAAAAUGAUUAA